AUGAAAAUUUUUGCGGAGGAAGGGGGUGGGGAUGGGGGAAAACAGGAAAGAAAGAGUGGAAACAUCACUCUUGGGUCGUCCCUUGUUGCAUCUGUGAAUUCUCCAGCAUGGCGAUCACCUUCCGGUGACUUUGCCUUUGGCUUUCAUCGAAUAGAGGGCCAAAAACUUUACUUGCUUGGUAUCUGGUUCGACAAAAUACGAAGCAAAACAUUGGCUUGGUAUGCAAAUGGAGAUGAGCUAGCCCCAGAAGGAUCUAAACUUCGAGCUAAAAAUAGAUGGUCGGCUCAUUCUCGAGACACUGAAAAGUCACUGUCUUCUAGGACAGCAGAGAAUAACUUCUCCAGGGGGCACUUUGGGCUUCGUUUGAUACGUGAUUGCAAUCUUGUGCUGAACACCAUUGCUCUGCCAAAGGGAAAUGCAUACGAGGCAUACUUUUGGAGCAACACGAUUGGUACAAAAUCUCCAAAUGUGACGGGAAACAGGCUAAUCUUUAAUAAGUCAGCAAGGAACUACUAUUACAGUGCUAUUCUUGAAUAUGAUGGUGUGUUCACCCAAUAUGCUCAUCUCAAGGCUUCAAGAAAUGGAAAGUGGGAGGAAAGAUGGUCCAGAGUUUGGUCUAAACAAGAUGAUAUCUGCUCAGCCAUUCAGGGUCAAUUUGGUCUGGGAACUUGUGGUUUCAAUAGCUAUUGCAUGCUUGUCUCAAAUGGGAGGCCUAAUUGUAAGUGUCUUCCUGGAUUUAAUUUUUCUGAUCCAAGCAAUGAGUUCAAGGGUUGUGAAUGUGAUCCAAUCCAAAGAUUCAACCUGGAUGAUACUAAUCUGCAGGAUCUUUAUGAUAUGUAUACUAUAGAUAACAUAUUUUGGCCUAAUUCUUCAAACUAUGAGGAACUGCAGUUCUUUAACCAAGAUGAAUUUUGGAACUCUUGUUUGUUUGAUUCUAAUUGUGUGGUUCAGUAG